AUGGCUUACAACUAUCAACAGCAGCAACCCUAGCAGCAAUUUCAGUACGAAUUCGAGGAUCGAAGUGAAAACAUGCAAUUUGGAAUAGAAAAAGUUCAAGGCAAUGUCUUUAACAGCAGUGGAAACAAGGUGCAGCAGACUGCCAAUGUAUAAUACAACUAUGACAUCUACGUUCCACCUGAUGCCACAUAAAGUCAUUUACCACAGCAAAAUUAGCAGUUCUAAUACAACUACGAGGCUUAUGAUCCAACAGGGCACUAGAACAUGAAUGGAGCAAGCACACAAGAAAAGCAAAAAAUGCACAUUCCAUCAUAAAAUACUGGAAUAUACUUUAAUAAUCAGGCGAUACAAUAACCUUUACACUUGCAAUAAAAGCCACAAGUCUUGACCACACCUCAGUUGAACUUCCAGCCACCUUCCUUAAAGGAUGCUGAGAAAUAGCAUAAGAGUGCCCCACUUAAGACUGAAGAGAAAACAAAUAAUGAUGAUACGUAUGCAAAGGCAUCAAUCCUUGAUACUGCAGGUAGAGACUCUGUCAUAACUAAAAAGUCAAUUUCCAAAAAGAGACUAAGUGAGUCUGAACAAAAGACUUGCUAAUGCUCAAUCUUUUGA